AGUUCGUAAAUGUCACGGAGCUUAUCUGCACCAAUGUGAGUGAGAAUUGAGAAGAAGGUCGCCGUCGGAAUACAGUUCAAAGUGGAAGAGCUGUUCAUGAUCCCUAGUUAAUUCCCACUUCCAUUCACAGUCUUCUGAGUUUUGAUCCUUUCUUUUCUCAAUUUUGCGGUUGCUGUUGCGUGUUUAGCCAGCAACAGAGAUGGAUUCCGACGAUAGGAUCCCGCUGAGUGAGCGUCCGGAGUGGUCGGACGUUACUCCGCUUCCGCAGGACGAUGGUCCGAAUCCGAUUGUGGCGAUCGCCUACAAAGAAGACUUCGCUGAGGUCAUGAAUUACUUCCGAGCUGUAUAUCGAGCAGAUGAGCGUUCUCCUCGCUCUCUCGACCUCACUGCCGAAGCCAUUGCCAUGAAUCCUGGAAAUUACACUGUCUGGCAUUUCAGGCGCUUGAUACUCGAGGCUCUUAAUGUUAACUUACAUGAUGAACUAAAUUUCCUUGAUGACAUUGCUGAGUCUAACACCAAAAACUAUCAGAUAUGGCACCAUAGGCGAUGGGUUGCUCAGAAGCUGGGAACUGAUGCUUCAAGAAAAGAGAUUGAAUUCACCAAAAAUAUUCUCUCUCUUGAUUCCAAAAAUUAUCAUGCCUGGUCUCAUAGACAGUGGGUUCUUCAGGCACUGGGUGGAUGGGAAGAUGAACUUGACUAUUGUCACGAGCUCCUAGAGGAAGAUGUUUUUAAUAAUUCUGCAUGGAAUCAGAGAUACUUUGUCAUAACCAGAUCUCCAUUACUGGGUGGCUUAAAAGCCAUGAGAGAGUCUGAAGUGAGUUAUACUGUUGAAGCCAUUCUUGCUCAUCCUGAAAAUGAGAGUUCUUGGAGAUAUCUGCGCGGACUUUAUUCCGGUGACACACACUCAUGGAUUACUGCCCCACAAGUUUCUUCCGUCUGCUUGAAAGUUUUGAGCGGUAAAAGAAACUUCGUAUUUGCUUUGAGCACCCUGAUGAAUCUUCUCUGUCAUGGUUUCCAACCAAGCCAAGAGUUAAGAGAUGCUGUUGAUGCUUUGAGGACACCAGACGACAGUCCAACAGAUCCCGACCUAGCCAACACUGUGUGCUUAAUCUUGGAACGUGUCGAUCCAAUCCGUGUUAACUAUUGGCUCUGGAAGAAGAGCAAGCUUCCUCAGUAACAGCAAGGCCAAUUCAUCAGCUUCUUUCAGCCAUCAUGAGGUUCCUUUUAAUGUCCUCUGUUGAGAGUUGGAUUAAAGAUACACAGUUCUUAGUGACCAAAUAUUGAGGAUUAUACUCAGGCCAGUAAAGAUAACUCUAAUUCAACGUGAUGUUGCCAAAAAAACAUAAAAAUAAAAAAUACGAACUUGUUUGUUGCUAAAUGGUGAGCUACUUUCUGUUUCGCUCUUAUGCUGAAAAUACGUAAUGUCGAACCAAGUUUUGUACAUUCAACAUCAUUAAUUCCUCGUGAUUUGUACUAACGUA